CAAACCACUAAAAUAUUUAACAAUAUAUCGUUAUCUAUAGCUAACUCCGGUAGACUUACUCAAUCUAUUAUCAUACUAUCAGUCAAAGUAAAAUACAAUCCGAUGUUCGCAAAAAAAAUUUGUUAAGGUUGAAAGUCCAACUACAGGACUAUUGAAUUAAGUACAGUUUCUAGUCUUUACAUAGUUUCAUUUUCAAGUUGCAAUUAGUGCAAAGAAUCUUCUAGGAGACAACUUGUGUGUUCAAAAUGCCUAAAAAAUUUGUUGGUAUGAAUUCUAAAGCCUUGGAAGCCAAAGCUCGCAAAGAUGCUAUUAAGCAAGAAGCAGAUUUAAAAAAAAAAAAAGCAAUUGAAGAUGAAUUGUGGAAAGAUGAUGACAAAAAUGCUGCCAAAAAACAAAAAAGGAAGGAAGAAAAAGAAAAGAAAAGAAUUGAUCAAAUAGAAAAGAAACGAGAAGCACAAUUACUUUUGGAAGAAGAACUUCGUGAAAUCAAGACAAAACAAAUCAACCAAAAAAUUACUAGACACGAACUUAUGAAAGAACUCGAUACUCCAUCAGUUCCUAAGAUGGAAAUGGCUUUAAAUGAUGAAAGUCCAAUUGAAGAAAAUUUGAAUCGUUUGACAAUGCAUGACGAAGAAGCACGGACAGUUGAUGAGGCUCUUAAUAUGUUAAACCCUUCUCAAAAAUUUUUGGACAAGCAUCCUGAAAAAAGGCUUAAAGCAGCAUAUACUGCUUUUGAAGCAGAAAAUUUACCAAGAUUACGUUCUGAAAAUCCAUCCAUGCGUCUAUCUCAAGUAAAACAACUGAUGAAUAAAGAAUGGAUGAAGUCACCAAAUAAUCCUAUCAAUCAGAGAUAUAUUAAUUAAAACCAAGUUGAAUCAUUUAUGAUGAUAUUUUUUAUGGUUAUACUAAGAAAAUUACUUGCAAUUGUUUUGUAAUACCUUGAAGUAAUAAUUGGAUUAAUUUACUGACUGAGAAUGUAAGUUUAUUCAAUGUUAUUGAAAGUUGUGGGUUUGAGAUUUUAGUUCAAACUUCCGUAAUAGCUAUUAAGACACAAAUAAAUAAAUUUAAGAAGAGUAUUAAUUUGUGAUUUUAUUUUAAUUAUGUAAUUUUAGU